AUGUUAUAUCCAUCGUCGCGACCUCAUCGUAUUCCACCACCAACUGCUGAGUUACAGUAUGAUUCGACAGGUUACUCAACGUCGAUUCAUAACAAAUGGCCACAAUCAUCGACUAAAACCAAAAUCUAUGCAACACAGAACGGUACAUCAACAAAUGAUUCAUUAGCAUAUCGAUAUCCACCGAUGCGAAGACAACACAAUCACGGAAGUGAACCACUUUCAGACAUAUUGAAUUAUGAUUAUUCUCAAGCUGAACAAGAACAACCCGUUUAUACAACACUUAGUACACAACGACCUACAGUAAAUUAUCUUUUACCUUUCAAUUAUGUCGACAAAGCACACCUCAUAUCGCUUGAUCAAAGCGACUCACUCGAUCGAAGGAUUAGCGUGUAG